UUCUUCUUCAAAGGCUCCAUUUUUCUCUGAAACUCUCAAAAACCCAGAAAACCCAAAAAAAAAAAAAAUUUAAAAAAAUGGAGUCUUGGCAGAGCAGAAAAGGCGUGAUCUUGAUGGGGAUUCUAUUGGUGAGCUUUGUGGGGCGAAUCGCGUCGCUAUCGGUGACGGUGAACGACAUGGAAUGCGUGUACGAGUAUGUGCUCUACGAAGACGACGUCGUUUCGGGGAACUUCGUGGUGGUCGACCAUGAUAUCUUCUGGGCCAGCGAUCAUCCGGGUCUCGAUUUAAUUGUGACAUCUCCUGGGGGUAAUACAGUGCACACUUCAAAGGGAACAUCUGGAGAUAAGUUUGAGUUUAAGGCCCCAAGGAGUGGAAUGUACAAGUUCUGUUUUCACAAUCCCUACUCAACUCCAGAAACGGUUUCAUUCAAUAUACAUGUCGGCCAUAUUCCUACUGAGCACAACAUUGCCAAGGAUGAACAUCUAGACCCUAUUAAUGUGAAGAUAGCUGAGCUUAGAGAGGCGUUGGAGUCAGUUACAUUGGAACAAAAGUACUUGAAAGCACGUGAUGCUCGCCAUCGUCAUACAAAUGAGAGCACAAGAAAGCGUGUUGUGCUCUACACAGUGGGAGAGUACAUCAUGCUAGUUGCUGCAAGUGCUUUACAAGUUGUAUACAUUCGCCGCCUCUUUAGCAAAUCAAUUGGAUAUAAUCGGGUUUGAGUUGCUAGGUUCAUGUUUCUGUAUUCUAACAGGAUUCCCCUUAUACAUCAUUAUCUCAGAUCCGUCUUUUGUGUAACCUUUGUAUAACAUUAUGAUAGUUUUAUAUUAUUUUUCUUCUCAACUUUCUUGUA